CGCUUAAACACACUGUCCUCCGCUGCUAUCCCGUCCCGGCCCGGCCCCUGGAGGAGAGCAACCGCCAGCUGCAGCAGCACCAGCCCCGCACCGCGGCUCCAUCACUGCAGCCUCACGGUAACAUGGUUUGCAGGGCUCGGCUGCUGUAGCCAAGGGCCACUUAGUCAGUCACUCAACCAGUCAGUCGCUCGGCGUGUGUGUGUGAGUGUGUGUGAUGUGUGUGAGUGUGCAGUAAGAAGCAGUAGUAAGCACACGGAGCUCCAGCAGCAGCACUGUACACCAGGAGCACCGGAGGAAGGCGUCCGGAGCGAGCCGAGCAUCCCUGCAUCUCUACCCGGCUGUCCUGCACCCCGGCCCCGCUGAACCGGAGCAGGGACACCCUCCUCCACCACUGACACUACCUCGGCUCUAUCGGGUGGGAAUAGCGGCCUGGCUAGUGCUAUAGUCACUGUUGUUGUCAAGGUAACCUGUCCCGUUGUCAUGGGGAAACAGAACAGCAAGCUGCGGCCAGAGAUGCUGCAGGACCUCCGAGAGAAUACUGAGUUCUCCGACCACGAGCUGCAGGAGUGGUACAAGGGUUUUUUGAAGGAUUGCCCCAGUGGAACCCUGAAUGUGGAGGAGUUCAAGAAAAUCUACGCCAAUUUCUUCCCCUACGGUGACGCGUCCAAGUUCGCUGAGCACGUCUUCCGAACGUUUGACACGAACGGCGACGGGACGAUAGACUUCCGGGAGUUCAUCAUCGCCCUGAGCGUCACGUCACGGGGCAAGCUGGAGCAGAAGCUGAAAUGGGCCUUCAGCAUGUAUGACCUGGAUGGAAACGGGUACAUCAGCCGUGAUGAGAUGCUGGAGAUUGUACAGGCCAUCUACAAGAUGGUGUCAUCCGUGAUGAAGAUGCCAGAGGAUGAAUCCACGCCGGAGAAGAGGACGGAUAAGAUCUUCAGACAAAUGGACCUCAAUAAUGAUGGCAAAUUGUCCCUGGAGGAGUUUAUCAAAGGUGCCAAAAGCGACCCCUCCAUCGUCCGGCUACUCCAGUGCGACCCCAGCUCGGCCUCCCAGUUCUGAACCUCCCCCGCCGCCGCCCUGCUACAACCCUUUUCUUCCUCACCCUCUCUGUUGCUAUCGAAACAGUCACUCAAAUCAAUGCAUGAUGGUUCUCGUCUCUCAUAUAUCUUUUUUUUUUCGUUGUUGUGUGCGAGGAUGGAGGAGGGAUUUUAAGGAGGAUAAGAAAAGCCAUCAGUGUCGUUUUACUUUCAUUUUUAUAUUUGGGAAAACCGAAGGGACAUGCAUACAUUUAAUGAUCAGUGGCUUCCGCUAAUGUUCCCGAAUCUCUCUCUCUCUCUGGAACGGCGGAUUUCCAGAGAGCUGGUGACAAAGUGCGGAUUUUUGCAGGGUGGGGAUUUCUCAGUUUGUCCUCAACACACAUGUACAUCAUGUAUAUACUGUACGUCUAUGUAUAUCAUAAGAUGAAGUUUGUCUUCAUGUAUGGUGCACACUUUCUGGCAUUGAAAGGCAGUAUUAUGUAGCGUAGCUUCCUGGUCUGAUCUGAAAGGGUGGUGGGGUCUGGGGGGUUAUUGGGAUUUUACUGCUAUAUGAUCUUUCGCUGAGAAAAAGAAGGCCUAAGAUCCCAUUAGCUUUUUAUUAAUAUCUACUGGCAUUUUGUUGAUUUUUGAAAUUUUAAAUGUUUUUUUUUUCAUUUGUACAUAUUGUUUUUUCCUCCUUCAUGUUGUUUUAUUUAUUCAUUUUUAUUCUUAUUAUUGUGCUUUUACUUUGAUAUGUUAAAGAUGAUUCCAGUUUACAGUAACAGAGAGAGAGAGAAAAUGUGAGUGAUCUCUUUGUGGAUUUGUUAAAGUGGAAGAUUAUGAAAAGUGACAUAAGGGGAUCCCAUAAUGCAUUUGAUCAAUGGCACCAGUAGCACAUAUCGUUUGAGCCGCCAUGUGUUUAUAAAGUAUGGCUGUGCAUUUGGUCUGAAUGCGUGUGUGCAUGUGAAUAUGCACUGUGUGCUCGAGGCUAACUUUUACAGUAUUAUCAUGUUGUGUUGUUUCUUAAUUUGUAAGUAUUUUAAAGUUCUUUAACAAACGAGCAGUAAACUUAAGAUAGUCGUAACCUGUCACUAUACUGCAUGAUCCUAUGAACUGACAAAAAACAGUUAACGCACAGCGGUAUCUUUUUGUAGCUCUGCAGCCUCCUCAGCACUGUACCGGGCAGAAAUUAUUGAGUAUUUGUCUUGCUUUGGGACAAACCUUCCCCGACCUCCCCCCUCUCUUUCUCUUUCCCUCUGACAGACAGAGAAUUCACUAAGGGCUCGUUCAUCACUCUCUAGCUGAAUGCUUUUAUUACCUCCUGGAUUAGUCUGCUUACAGAGCAGUUAGAUGAAGGGACAUGUUUCAGGAGAUAGGAGAUAUUUGUUCCGAUUCGACUUUUCAGGGUUUCCAGACAUGUCGUGUGUCGUAAUCUGACAGAUAUCAGUGACCGUGUUUACAUUGGCACUGAUAGAAAUCCUUGAUUUAAUUUUUAUUUCAUUAAAAGAAUACUUCACCCUUAAAAUGACCAUAUACUCACCGCAUGUGAUCUGAAAAGGGCUGAAAACAUAGUAUAUCCCUAAUGACUUAAAGAAUGGGUAUAAGUUUCAGACAAAAACACAUAAAUCAUCGUCUGUUUUACUCCAAAUUGACUCUUUUUUGUAGCCAGUGAAGUCGCACCCUGCUGGCCAUUAGAAAUAAUGCAUGUUUAAGGCACUUCCACAUUGGGCUUACUUUUCAGGCCUGGAAGUUGCUGCUUGAUUUUCACUCAUUUUCAAAUUUAGUGAGCCAGUCCACAAGUCUGUGCCAGUCCGGAGUAGCACACCUAAGCAGUGUGUUUUAAAUAGUACGAUUUUGGGGAAGUACUGAGCAUAGGAGUUUGAAACCGAUGUUUCGAUAUAGUUUUAAUGUUGUCAAACCUGGUCUCCAUAAGCUUAAACUGACUAAGGAUGUACUCCCUUUUAAGCCAUUUUCAGAUUCUCCAUUCACUGCAGAGGAAUGCGAGAAAAUAUUUUUUUUCUUCAAGAAUUUGGGGUAGCACGCGGUGAAUAUUUGAUCAUUUUAAGGGUGAAGUAUUCCUUUAGUAUUUCAAGCACCAAGAAAGUGGAACUUGUUAAAACAUGACAUCCUAUCCAGUUUAAAUGAAAUACAACAGUUUAAACGGCAUGGGAACAGAGUUUGAAACCACAGCCUUGACUGAAUAAAGCAGGCUUCAGAAUAAAAGCCUCCAUGUGAACAUGUAAAGAUAGCCACUGGGUGCAUCAAAAUCAGCACCCCUCCCAUGUAUUAACAACUAAGGUCUCCAAUUGUCAGAUCACUAUUGCCUACUUCUACUUGGAGGUUAAACAUGACACAGAUUCUGUUUGUGAAGAAGCUAAGCGUUGGGUAGACUGGCAUACUUUUGAUACUCAUGAAUCAUUCUUCCGGGGUUUUAAUAGGCUGAUAUAGUUAGAAGUGUUAGAAUGUAAUUAAGUACAGUUUACUCAAUUACUGGACUUAAAUUUACAAUAUGUAAUUUUCUGCUGCUCGGGGUCUCUCAUUCAAUACAAUAACAAAAGAUGAAGUUUUGUGACAUUGUAAAGUAGUGUGGGAUCAUGGGAGUUGUUGUCUAUUGUACCGUUUACUAAACUACAUUUACCUGACAACUGUAGUUAAUUCCCAGAUUAAGAUUUUAUAAUCAGUAGUUUAUUAAAUGUAUUGUAUUGUUAUAGAUUAAAGUGCCCAGAAUUAUAUAUAAUCAUGUAAUUUAGCUCCAACUGUAACGUUAAGUGUUUAUUACAUACUUUUAUUCUUAUGUAGAAAAUCCUUUUGAAAUAGCACAGUGAAAAGCUUCAUUGAAAUCCAGACUAAUCAUUUCAGGUGGGUUAGCAGCUCCAUAAAGAGGCUUUAGACACGCUUCACUUUACACAUUUUAGAAGGUGUGGAAUAAAAACCUGGCACAAAAUUAUUUCUCUGUCUGGUUUGUGAGAUAAAAAUAACAGAGAGAUACAUUUCUUCAGCUAACACAAAAUGAGCAUCUGUCACACCAGAUUUCCAAAUAUCCAAUUUUUAAAAAACAGCCAAUAUCAGCCCAGAAUGUGUGUUGCCCAACAUUUCACUACCUCACAAACUGAAUUAUUGUGUGGCAAAGUGACCAACCAGUGAGAGCUGUGCUGGUGCAGCUGCAUCCACAUGACAUUAGGACUAAGGUUAACUUGUACCAAACAUUUGCACAGGAGCUUCCUAACCAGCCACACCUCUGCUUUUGGGGAUCCUAUAGUGUCACUGCCUUCUGCUGGUAGGAUAAGGAACAACAGUUGCUACUCCCUGAUCUACUACAGUUUAACCCUUUUCUAUUCUCACUGCCUCUGAUGAACUGGUACCUUGUGUUGGAUAAAUACACCUUCUUUCUUUCUUCCUUCCUAACCUCCUUUUCCUUCCCUCCUAUUUUUCUGUUGCAUGAAAACCUCACGUGAGGAUGUCAUGUUUGUUCCGUUGGACCUGAAAUGGAAAUAUACCUAUGUGUUUCAAAGCUG